GGCUCUCUGCAGAGCACUGAGCCACUGUGCUCUCCUCUCAGCUGAGUGGAAAUAUCAUGUGUCUGCGCCGGGACGCCCAGAGGAAAAGCCCCAUUUUCUCCGAACUGAGACCAGAACGAACGGGGAGGAAGAGAGAGAGAAAUGAAAUGAGCUCGGGCAGAAACUUGGAGACUUCAGAGAGGAGGAAGUAAAAGGACGCAGUGUUUUACUGAGGAUAGUGUUCUGUCCAUUCUGGUGUCUGGUCCAAACACCUCAGACUUGGCGAUGCCAUGCUGGCCCAGAGGAAUGGGCUACCCCCAGGCUGUAAGCCAGCUCCUCUGAAGGAUCACCCCGACCUGCGCGACGUGGACGUGAACGCCGUCGGUUGCUGCUCCCUCUCACCUUCGCCAUCGUCCGGAGGUUGCCCCUGGGCUCGGCUGGCUGGCGUGGACGGCUGCCUGUCAGAGCCAUACUGUCUGUGGUUCCAGCUUUUGGCCAGAGCCUACUGGGGUGAAGUGGAGUUGGGUCUCACCAGUCCCAACCGCAGCGUGUCUUGGGCUCGGCUGCGAGAAGCAUCCAAGAAGAAUUGCAUCCGAUCUCGGGCUAAGCAGAAGGAUGGGCGCGAUCAGAGCGAGGUGUCGGCCACCGCCGCUUCCCCCGGGGCAGAGGAGGAGGAGCCUUUCUCCUGGCCGGGGCCAAAGACGCUUCACCUGUGCCGGACCUCGCAGGGCUUCGGCUUCACACUGCGGCACUUCAUUGUCUACCCUCCUGAGUCUGCAGUCCACAACUCACUGAAGGAUGAAGAGAACGGCAGCCGAGGGAGACAGCGAAACCGUCUGGAGCCAAUGGACACCAUUUUUGUCAAGCAAGUGAAGGAGGGAGGCCCCGCCCACGGAGCUGGACUCUGUACAGGGGAUCGAAUCGUGAAGGUGAACGGAGAGAGCAUAAUCGGGAAGACGUACUCACAGGUCAUCGCUUUGAUCCAGAACAGCGACGCCGCGCUGGAGCUCUGUGUGAUGCCCAAGGACGAGGACAUUCUGCAACUGUUUUCCAGGGAUAUCACUGCUCUGGCGUAUUCCCAGGAUGCAUACCUCAAGGGGAACGAGGCGUACAGCGGAAAUGCUCUGAACAUCCCAGAGCCUCCUCCCAUAUGCUACCCUCGGAUAGAAGUUAAAUCUGUGGCAUCAUCAGAGCCUGCCCCGGUCAGCGAGACCUCCCGAGGGCCAGCUCAGGGACCGGGAAGAAGAGGUGGGACCACUGAGAAGAGUUAUCGGGUGGAGGUCCCUGUUCUGCCAACCACCCCUCCCCAACAGACUUCAAAGCCUCAGACUGUGGUGUGUGUCUGUAAUGAGAGGACAGUAGCCAUGCCUCCUGAUCCGGUUGACAGGGGUCCCUGGGUGGCUCGGGCUGGCCCAAGCCAUCGGACAGAAGAGAAUCGGUACAGUUCUCCAGCAGAUUCUGGAUUAGCUAGACUCAGACCCCUUAUUCCCUCAGUACCUGGGGGUGCAAAGUUACAGUACCCAUCUUCCUUAGAACCCUCAGUUUACUCCCCUUUCUCAAGUUCCAGACCUGGCUCGCUGCAUCCAGACCCCUCAAACCCAGCUGCGCAAGCUCCCGUCACUGUUGCGUCACCUGAUACAUUUUCCUCUGCUGUCUCACCCAGCGCCAACCACUACUCGCCCUCCCCCACUGCCCCAACCACCUCGCCACACCAAAACAUUGACUGGAAAAACUACACCACCUAUAAGGACUACAUUGACGCCAAGAGGCUGCACACGUACGGCUGUCGCACCAUUCAGGAGCGCUUGGACAGUUUACGCGCAGCUUCAAAUUCCAGUUCCGCCUACACCCAGCAGCGUACGCCACCUUCAACUGGCACGAGUCAGCGAGGGCCACUGGGCUCCCAGGUCAGACAGAGGAGCAUAUCCAAUGAUCGCGGAGCAGAUGCUAGUAGUCAGGGUACGGCAGCGAUUCCAUUGCGUAGCGCCUCCCAAGAGAGGCUUGAAGGUGGAACGGGCAGGAUGAUAACGACAAGGAACUGGCCUCGGAGUGCUUCCCAGGACGCCCUGCCCUUCUCCUCUCCAACAGGAGUUACCAAACCUCGAGCACGUUCAUGUGACUACCUGGGCCAGUUGUCUGCAGAGCCGGGUGGCGUUCACCGGGCAGAGUUUGAGGACAGGCCGCUGCUUUGUCGACAAGAAGAAACCAGUGCCAGUAGGCAGGGAGCAGGCCCACGAGUUUUACCUCAUCUUAGCAGGACUCUCACUGGACAGGAGGAGGAAGGACAUAAAAGUGGAUUAUCUAACUCACCUGUGGCUGCUUCUGUGUUCAAUAAAGGUACAGCAGAUUCACCGUCAAGGUCAGAUGGUCUCAUAAUGAGACCCUCGCGACUGCCUGUCAAAAACUCAAUCUCAGACUCUUUGCCUGCUUUACCCAGUAAUAGAACGACAGACCCUCUUAAAGACCAAAGAGCUACCAUCAUGAGUAACCACCUUGGCUACUCCUCCCCUCUACAUCUCCAUCUUAGGGGCAGGGCUGACAGUCUGAAAGUGGAUAACAGGAUGGAGGCCGGGUUGGCAGCCAGGUCCUCCUCUUGCUCUGGUCCGUCCUCUAAGCUGCUCACACAGAGACAACUCCAGAGCGGAGUUGUCUCCACAUCCUCCAGUACUUCCACUACUAAUGGAGCUGUGACCCAAAUGCCAAAGGUCAGUUCUACCCACACACCCAUACGGACUAAUGGCGGUCUUGCCGAUGGCGUGGAAGGACCCGAUGCAACAGUCGUGGUCCUCAGAAGAGACAAAAAAUCUGAAACCCCCCAUAUUCGCCCCCCGUCGUACGUGCUUGCCGUUAAUGAAGGCCAGGAUAGAGUGAUCCGUAAGUCGCCGCCGCUGGUGAAGGCGGGAUCUGCUGAUGGAGCAAUGUGCUGGACGUCUAAUGACGGCUGCAGGGACAUGCAUCUGAGGAGGCUGGGAGACACACGACAUAAGUCCGGCUCCGACAACUUGGAUGUCUCCCUAGAUUCGAUCCCUUUUAUCGAUGAACCUUCGAGUCCCAGCCUUGACCAGGACAGCAUCCACAUUCCUGCCUCUGCUCUCAUUUCCACGACUCCCAUCAUCAUCACCACCGUCCCGCCCAGUCCUCCGUCACCUUCACCACUCUUCCGGCGACACCUUUCACACGACCAAGAUUCUCUUCACCUCACGAUUAUUGAGUCAGAUUCUGGUCCCAAAUCAGAGCGGUCCAAGUCGUGCGACGAGGGUCUGGAUAAUUACAGAGAGGAGAACCGAGGGAGGUCUUUAAUACCUGGUCUAAAAAGUCUGAGAAAGGCAGUGGAUCGGUCCUCAGAAGACUCCGGAUCCAGGAGAGAUUCGUCUUCAGACGUCUUCUGUGACGCCACCAAAGAGGGUUUACUGCAGUUCAAGCAGCUGAACACAGACAAGGGAAAGCGCGUGGUUGGUGGCACACGACAGUGGAAGCAGAUGUUCGCCGUGCUGCGGGGCAACUACCUCUGCCUGUACAAGGACAGGAGGGAUGGCCAGGCUCACACCAACUGCCAGACGGCGGACGAGCCGCUGCCCAUCAGCAUCAAAGCCUGUCUCAUUGACAUCUCCUACAGCGACACCAAGAGGAAGAACGUGCUGCGGCUCACCACGUCCGACUGCGAGUACCUGUUCCAGGCCGAGGACAGGGAGGACAUGCUGGCCUGGAUCAGGGUCAUACAGGAGAACAGUAACCUGGACGGGGAGAACGCGGUCUUCACCAGCCAUGACCUCAUCAGCAGGAAGAUCAAGGAGUACAACACCUUGAUGAGUCCAACCGGUAGCAAGACGGAGCCGUCGCCCAGAUCCUCUCGCCAGACGCUGAGCAUCAGGCAGACGCUGCGUGGAGGAAAGGGAGAGACCAAAGCGACAAGUCAACACUCGCCUAAACCUGAGGCGGAGCGGAAGAACAUGCACAAAGAUGACACCAGCCCUCCCAAGGAUAAAGGAACGUGGAGGAAGGGAAUCCCGGGGCUCAUGAGAAAACCCUUCGAGAAGAAACCGUCUCCCGGCGUCACGUUUGGUGUGAGACUGGACGACUGUCCUCCCGCACAGACGAACAAGUUUGUGCCUCUGAUCGUGGAGGUGUGCUGUAAGCUGGUGGAGGAGAGAGGGCUGGAGUACACGGGCAUCUACCGCGUCCCCGGGAACAACGCCGCCAUCUCCAACAUGCAGGACGAGCUCAACAAUAAGGGCAUGAACGACAUCGACGUCCAGGACGACAAAUGGAGGGACCUGAACGUGAUCAGCAGUCUUCUCAAGUCAUUCUUCCGUAAACUUCCCGAUCCCUUAUUCACCAACGAUCGAUACACAGAUUUCAUUGAUGCCAACAGAAUAUAUGAUCCAGUGGAGAGACUCAAAGUGCUGAAGAGGCUGCUCCACGAGCUGCCAGAUCAUCACUACGAGACCCUCAAGUUUCUUUCGGCUCAUCUGAAAACUGUGGCGGAAAACUCGGAGAAGAAUAAGAUGGAGCCAAGGAACCUGGCCAUCGUCUUUGGUCCCACUCUGGUCCGCACCACCGAGGACAACAUGACCCACAUGGUGACCCACAUGCCGGACCAGUACAAGAUCGUGGAGACCCUCAUUCAGAACUACGACUGGUUUUUCACGGAAGAUGGAAACGGAGAUCCAGUGACUGUGUCCCACGAGGACAGCGCUGUGGAGUCUCAGCCCGUCCCCAACAUCGACCACCUGCUCCCCAACAUCGGCCGCACGGCGGCGUCGCAGGGUGAAGUAUCAGAUUCACCGACCAGUGAUUCGGCUAAAUCAAAGGGUUCCUGGGGCUCAGGGAAGGACCGAGACCUCCUGGUCUCCUCCAUCUUUGCUGCAGCCAACCGCAAAAGAAAGAAGUCAAAGGAGAAGCCGCAGCCCAGCAGCUCGGAUGAUGAUCUAGACACUGUGUUCCCCAAGAAGGAGAUCUCUGGCCAGAAGCAGAACCAUCAUCUCCAGCUUGAGGCACAGUGCGAGACUUGCCCAGGCACCAACGCGAAGCAGCAGGGUCGGGCUGAGGAGAGGAAGGAGAACGGGAAGACUGUGGAGCUGACGCCGAAAGCCAAGAGGGACCACAGGAACUCUUUAUUCCUAAAGGAGAAGAUUCCAACCAGGCACUCGUCACCGUCCCCCUCACCAUCCCCAAAGAUCUCUGGUUCUCCGAACAUCAACUACCAAACUGCUCCUCAGGGAAAGUCCUCACUGUCAGAUCCUCCGUCUCAGUUGGAUGAAAACACGUCAGAUCUCGGGACCAUGAGCUCCGGAGCGUCAGUGCCACGGUCAAGACCAAAAAAGUGGAUCACAGGAGCGUCACCUGACCUGCCUGCAGGAGCAGGUAUGGGGGUGGGAGCAGGUGCUGGGGCGUCUGCUGGCGCAGAAGUAAGUUCUAUCACCUCGGACUACUCCACCACGUCCUCCAUUACGUUCCUGACUGGAGCAGAGUCCAGCGCACUCAGCCCAGAGCUGCAGGGCGGGGAGGAGGCAGACGAUGAACGCAGCGAGCUCAUCAGCGAGGGACGACCAAUGGAAACGGACAGUGAGAGUGACUUCCCGGUUUUUGCUCCAGGAGGUGGAAACAGUCAGUCCACACCCUGUCCGGAGCAAAACCAGGACAAGCCUGAAGCCAGAGGUGGUGGGGGUGGUAGUGGUGCACCUGAGGGGAACACCACGCCCAAACUCGAAGCACGCCGUCUUUUCCCGACACACAGGAUGAUCGAGUGCGACACCCUCUCCAGAAGGUGGUCCCUGAGACAGAAAACGGACAGCGAGUCGUCGAUGGAGGGUGUGGCUGGGAGCACGGAGCGAAGCACAGGCAGGGCGGAGUCUUCCACGCGGUUGUCUCGAGUGCUUGAGGUGAUGAAGAAAGGUCGGUCCACAAGCAGCCUCAGUUCGUCAUCACGCAGCGAGUCGGAGCGUCAGGAGCCGGCCUGGCACCUUAAGAUCACAGAGAGGUUCAAGUGCCGGUUACGAACGUCCGCCGAUGAUAUGUUCACGCAGAAGAACCGAACUCCAGAAGCUCGCGGUAAGAAGAAGAGCAUCCGGCGGCGGCACACCAUGGGCGGGCAGAGAGACUUUGCAGAGCUUGUGGUCAUUAACGACUGGAGGGAGAAAGGCGGGGUCGACCAGGUGGUGGAUCUGUCCACUCUGGACCACAUCAAACCCCGGUGCUCCUCCGAGGAUUUCUCGGUCCAGGACUGGAUCUCCAAAGAGCGGUGCAGACUCUCGGAAUUGAGUGUCGCACCAAAAGCCGUCCCCGAGGAGGACCACGCGGAAACUCAGGCGGUCGCUCCUGAAAUACCUCCGCCUUCCCCGACCCAAGGCGCACCGCCGGCACCACCGCCAGCAGGGGAGCACGUCAACGGAAGUGGGCCACAGGGCAAAAACAAAGCCUCGCUAGGGGGCGACACUCACCCACACAAACUCUCUGGAGCGCAAGUCGUCCGCUCGCGGUUCUACCAGUAUCUGUGAAACGACGACAUGGAGUGAAUGCGAGAAAAAAAAAAUGUACGAAUGUUGUGGUCAUUUUUCGCGAAGGUUACUGCACAAUAUUUUUUUCUACAGAAGUAUACUUUAUGUAUCUAUUGUACAGACUGUGUAUAUAGGCUUACAUGAUUGUUACUGGAAUUAUGCUGAAGAGAAAGUUUCCGCUGACGCAGACUUCUCGGAUCCAUACUGGAACAUUUUUACGACGUCCUGCGGAAUAUCCGAUCCCUACUAAUGCGAGAAUGUGUGACUCUGUUGUUGACGUGAGACGUUAGCGGGACAGAAGUGGACAAAAACGGUAAUUUACCGAGGAGGAAACCUCUCUAUUAAGAAAUUAUGGUUCUUCCGAUUAUAAACGGUAUGAAGAAUGUAUUACUCGCUCCAUUUUUGGACUAACACUAGUUGUGCUUGUGACAAUUUUGUCACCAAUGUUUUUGUUUGUUUGUAUUUUUUUUUUUUAAAUUUUGCCUGUACUUGAAGUUUGUGUCUGUCAUUGCUUUCUGAGCUGCGUGCUGUGGGAAGUUUGUGG